UCCUGAGCCAGCUGCUGCGGCGGCGGCUGGGGCUGGGGCGGCUGUGGCGGCGCCUGGCAGGCUCCGCCAGCCCCCUGGGAGCGGGGGAUGGGCUCCGGGCGCGGAGAAACUCCCUCAACAUCCAUCUCCAUCUUCCCAUUCACUGGAGGGCAAGACAAAAGCGGAGUGGAGACUUGGCAGCGGCGACCGGCAGCUCCUCAGCUGCCCGUGGCACGCAUGGCUCGCCGAGGAGGGGCCGCCUCCCGCGCGCCCUCCCUCCUGCCACCCUUCACCCGCGCUCCCCGCAGCUCCGCUCGCCUGCUCGGCUCCGGCCCUGGCGGCGUCUGGGCCGGGGAGCGCGAGGAGCGGGUGGCCGCGUGUCCUUGGAGCGCUGGCCUUCAGGCGCCCCCGGCAGUCCCGCUAAGCAGAGCGCAUCCCGGCGGCGGCGGCGGCGCCUCCCGGCCGCGCUCCCAGCCUCAGGGCCGCUUGGGGACUUGCUCUCCAGCCCGGCCCACGCUCCGGGCCGCUUUCCGGCGUCUCUUGGGGCCCCUCGGCGUUUCCCCUCCCUACCAACCUUCUGAACAAAGUUGCUGGAAGAACAAACCUGGUCGCCAGGAUUUGCCCGGCGAAACUGGCAAGAAUAGGGACUCAGAGGGUCGAUGGGGUAGGAGGAAGGAGAAGCGAGAAGUCGCUGCCAGGCAUUUACUGCAAUGUGCCCGGGGCGGGCGCCAGCUGGGCGCCGUCUCUUUUUGGUGGUGA